GCUAACUCGUGUCCGAGCCAACGGGCUAAAGGCCAUAUACUGUGUUUUGACGUUGAAGUGAAUAAAAUUGCAGUUUCGAUGUAAUUAAUAUGCGGUUGGAUGACGGUGCGCGAUAGGACAGCACUAAAUGAUUUUGUUUUAUUUUGUGAAUUUUCGCUGAAAACGUCGGCAAGGUGUUCGGUGUGAAGCUAGAAAUGAAGACGGAGCACCGCACUUGCUGCGCGUGCGGCGAGGCGAUCGCGGACCGCUUCUUGCUGGAGGUGGGGGGCGGGGCGUGGCAUACCGGCUGCCUGCGCUGCUGCGUCUGCGCAGUGCAGCUCGACCGCCACCCCUCUUGCUUCCUGAGGGACCGCCAGGUGUAUUGCAAACAGGACUACGCCAAGAGUUUCGGCGCAAAAUGCUCCAAGUGUUGCCGGGGCAUUUCCUCCUCCGACUGGGUGCGGAAGGCGCGCGAGCAAGUGUAUCACCUGGCGUGCUUCGCGUGCGACGCGUGCGGCCGCCAGCUCUCCACUGGCGAGCAGUUCGCGCUGCACGAAGACAGGGUGCUCUGCAAACCGCAUUAUCUGGAGACUCUCGACGGUGGCUCCAUCUCUUCUGACGAUGGCUGCGAUUCAGAAGGCUACCACAAGAGCAAAGCGAAACGUGUGCGGACGACCUUCACGGAGGAACAGUUGCAGGUCCUCCAAGCGAACUUCCAGCUGGACUCGAACCCGGACGGGCAGGACUUGGAGAGGAUCGCGCAGGUCACCGGCCUCAGCAAGCGGGUCACGCAGGUCUGGUUCCAGAACAGCCGCGCGAGGCAGAAGAAACACCAACACACUGGGAAGGGAAAGCAGAACCAACUGAUGUCCCGGGAGACGGACCCGUCGGGGUUUGGAAGGCCCAUCAACCUGCAUCUCACAUACUCUUUCCAGAACAAACCACCAUUUGUCCCAAUCGAUGGAACUUCUUUCACCGAUUCUUCGAUGGAUGAACUCUCCGAAGACUCUUCAAUUCACUGCAUGCAGAGUGAAGUGUAACGGUAUCAUUAAUACAGACAUACAAAAAGAUUUGUAUAUCUCUAAUCCUGGACACAGUCUGUGAGAUGCGACCUACGAAGUAAUUUGUGCAUUAUUACAAAUAAAGUAACUCAAAAAACUUCGAAAAUUAAGUUGCUUUGUAUUUCGCAACUACCUAUUUCUAUUUAUUCUGUACACAAUUUGUAAGACUAGAAAAAAAAAGCAAAAUUAAAUCUGUCAAACAUAAAUCUGACUGAUUUAAAGAAAGUAGCGCCUCCUUAAAAAUAAUAAUAUUAAAUAUGUUUUUGUCAAGAUCAUUCCGCUUAGCAUAUACGAAGUCACUCAUAUGCCAAUGCUAGCUCAUAUGCCAAUCCAUUUUUAUGCUUGAAUAGGUUGAUAAUGAGAUGUCGGUAUUUGGACAUGUAUGUCAAACCAAAGGGUCAAAUCCCUGCGGCUAUAAUGUGACCAUCGACAUUAUCUUACAGGUCAAACAUUUUUUUUUAAUUGUAAAGUAUUUUAGUAUUUUAUACGUCGUUGUAGAGCCUGCCAGAAACAAUAUCCUAUGUAAGUAAUAUGACAACUCUGAAAUAUACCUACGCAAAAUAGCCCUCCCUAUUUCGAUUUGGCUAUAAGAACUUAUUCAGGGUGGCUUUGUAAACACCACCCAAAGAUAAAUAUAGAUAACAGAUAAUAUACAGAAAAUUUUGUUGUGAGUAUAUCUAUCUAUUCAGCUGAUGUCUAUAAAGCCACUCUGCACUGAGCCACUGAACACGAGUCAAAUUCGUAAAGAAAUAAGUGCUGGAAUAUUAUAUCGUUCAAUCUAUCACAAGAUAAUUAUUUAAGGUACUUUGUUUCCUUUGGCGCAAAAGUGACUCAAUAUAAUAAUUAUUUACUUUAUUCGGGGGACUUUUAUUAUGCUUGAAAAUAAGUGUGCUUUAUUGCAUUUUAACUGUUUCAAAACGUGAAAAGGGUAAAUUGUACACAUGUGUCGCCGUAGGUCUGUAUGAGAGUCAUGAAAGUGUAGGUUUCAUCUCUUGCUGAUAAAGUAUCCGAUAGUGUGUAACAUAUCAAACAGACAGCGUAAAAAUUGAGUAUUACAAAGUCUUUAAUAUAAUGAAUGAAAGAAGGAAGGAAUUUUAUCGGCAAGUGGUGAAACGGUGACAUAAGUAAAGGAAGAAAGAAAACAGAUAUGUGAAGUUGUCGGUAACAUUCUUUGAGUGCACUCAUAAAGAGCUUCUCAAUAUUUUGAUGUAAUAUAUAGGUAUGCAAUAUAAAUAUUAUGAAUCAGCACAAAAAUGUAUAGCUUUUAAAACACUAGUUCGUAAGAUUUAUAAAAAAAAAAUUGUAAUUGUUAUCCUAUUAUUUAUUGUAAAAAGUUAUAUUUAUUUAUUUAUUUCUAGUAACUGUGAUACGUUCGCUGUCUUAAAUUCAUCGGUUUAAUGUUUUGUCUAAACACUUAUUUUAACUAAGAUUUUAUUCGAUGUAUAUUCUGUAGUUGCGUAAUUAGAAUAGUGCCAAAAUAUAAUAUAUUAAUAUAUAAAUACGUGAACUUCUGAAACGAAUGGGGAUUGUACCUCGCCUGAAAAUUAUUUUCUAUCUAUGUGUUAGUCUGUAAGCUAAAGAAUGUGCAUAGUGAUAUUAAUAUUUUCUGUCUAAGAUUGGGUUCCACCAUUCAACUUUAACAUAUACUUUAACAUGUGCAGCAAUACGCAAAGUACGUCAUUUUGUCUAAACGUCAGCGACGCGUACUUUGCGUUGUUCUGCGCAGGUUAAAGUUAACGUCAAAGUUGACUGAUCCAUCUCACUCUAAGCAACAUGAUGCUGAUGGGUGGAUCCAUCUAUUUGCGAUUAUUCUCGACUUAUUUAAACGCUCGCCAUAUUGUAGAAAACUAGCCUUUACGCGCCAAUAUAGCAAUAUUAUUAUUAUUAUUUUUCUUUCCUGUGUUGGUGGAAAGUUGUAUUUGUAGUUGUCAGGGAAUUUUCUCGGAUUUUCAAUAUUUUAGCUUAUUUUGAUUGUCACAAAUUGUGACUCACAAUGAAAUAUUUUAUUUUACUCAACAAUACGAAGUCAUAUUUAGGACACCGAUAGUUAACUUAGGGUGAGUUGCACCCUCAAAUUUGAAGUUGAUUAACCGGCGCGCCGCUGACGUUUAGACAAAAUGGCGUACUUUUAGUUUUUCUCCGCACAUUAAAGUUAACGUCAAAGUUGACGGUGCAACCCACCCUUAAUGUAUAAUUAAUGUCCAUCUAAAUUCUAAAACUCUCAGUAUACUACAAAUUUAUAUAUCUGUUCACAGUAAUUCCAAGAAAUAUUUUGUAAAAAGUAUUUAGUAAUUACAUAAGUAGUCAUUAUUUGCAAUUAUGAAGUAGUUUGUCAAUUACGAAAUCGAUAGUAAUCAUCAAAUUACUGUAGGGGUAAUUUAUUAUUGUUCAGUAUUGUAAAUAAACAACUUAUUUGUAAGUACUAAGUAGUUAUUGUAAAUUUAUUACAAUCUUUUUGCGAUUCGAAAUCUGCGUUCAUAUUUAUUCCAUUUUAUUUUUUAAUAACGAUUCGGCCCGGCUUCUCACGGAUGCAAUUUAUUCAUGUUAUAUACAUAAAAACCUUCCUCUUGAAAUACACUAUCUAUAAAAAAACCCGCAUCAAAAUCUGUUGCGUAGUUUUAAAUAUAGUAUACAUAGGGAAUGGCAGGCGACAGAUAUUCUGUCCUAUAAGUAAACAAAAUCAGUUUUGGAGCUUGUAUGCCAUUUCUUCCGCUCGCAUUCGCCUGAUGUACGGUAAGAUGUUUUUUAUCUAUGGUACAGCACCUCCGAAUUUUAAUAUUAGCUUCACAGUCAACAGUUGCAAGUCAAAUAAUUUUAAAACUAACGUAUCUAAUAUACCUACCUUGUAAAUACUUGUAUGAUUGGCCGAUAAAAAUUUAAGUUCCGCAGCUCGUCAGGUCCGUGCAUGUGCACAGAAAAAUUGUUUAGAAUAACAAAAACUUCUUAAAACCAUGCAAAAAUACUGCACAGUCAUUCCGAGCUACCCACGGACUUUUAAUAUAACUGCUGAACAAGUACUAGGUACUUGUGUUUAUUCUGUACAAAUUUAUUAUUGAAUAUAUUAUGUUGAUUAAAAAAUUAUUGGUGUUUCAAUUUCCUGUUUAGUCCGA